CUCCCUUUUCUUAUUGGAGCUCUGCUUUAUGAUACAAAGGGCUGUCAGAUCACAAGACGUCUGCAUCGCAGACCAGUGUCGCAAUUUGGAGUUUGGGCCUGAGAAAGCAUUUGACGGGAAACGCCUCAUAAACCACACAAUUCGCACCGUGGAAAUUACAGUUUCCGGGUUCUGCGAAAACUUGUGUUAUAUGGUGCCCGACUGUGUCAGCAUUAAUCUUUAUACACGGGGAGAUGGAAAUGGAAACUAUCAAUGUGAACUGAACAAUGCUACUCAUGAAGGACACGAAGAAAAGUUGAUAGACCAAGAGAUGUAUUUUUAUCACGCAGCUGAGAGCAAUUGUGUCCAAAAUCCUUGUAAAAACAAUGCCACUUGUCAAAGCGGAUUUACUAAGAAAGGUUAUCGGUGUCUGUGUACCGCUGGAUUUGAGGGUCCGAUUUGCCAAAGAGACAUCAACGAAUGCGUUCGUGGGAUACACAAAUGCAGCCCUGAUGCGUUUUGCAACAAUACCAAAGGUUCAUACAAUUGCACAUGCAAAAAUGGAUUCGCGGGAAAUGGACGAGAAUGUAAAGACAUCAACGAAUGCGUUCGUGGGAUACACAAAUGCAGCCCUGAUGCGUUUUGCAACAAUACCAAAGGUUCAUACAAUUGCACAUGCAAAAAUGGAUUCACGGGAAAUGGACGAGAAUGUAAAGGAGGUUCCUCGUGUAAAGAAAUUCAUGACAUAUCCAAUGUGAGUGGUGUGGUUACCCUUCUUGUUGACUCCCAACCAUUGUCCGUUUUUUGUCACAUGGGAAAUUUUGGGUGUGGAGAUGGAGGAUGGACGCCAGUCAUGAAAAUUAACGGCAGAGAGACCACCUUCCGUUAUCAUGCAGAUUAUUGGAGUAAUUACGAUGAAUUCAAUCUUCUCGGUGGAGAGACUGGGUUUGACGAACAAGAAUCAAAGCUACCCACCUACUGGAACAUAUCCUUCUCCAAGAUCUGUCUUGGAAUGAAGAUCAACCAACAGUUCAGAUUUAUUGUUAUCAACAAGCUGGCUGACUCUCUUCACUCAAUAAUUGCUGAUGGCCAAUACCGAGACACGUCGCUGGGUCGUGACGAGUGGAAAAAGUUGAUUGGCAGCGACGCCUCUUUACAGCACAAAUGCAACAAAGAAGGAUUCAAUGCCUUUAGUGGUCAAAGUGAUCAUUCUAAAGUCAGAAUUGGCAUUAUUAGCAAUGGGCAGAACAACUGCGGCAAGUGCGACUCUUUGAUUGGAUUUGGUACAGGAAGUUACCCUAAUGACGCAAAAUCUUGUGGAAACGAGGCAAUCGAAACAAACUCAGAUAAUGGACGUAAGAGUAUCAAAGCCAUGGGGUACAUAUUGGUGCAAUAA